CUCGCGGACGCGUCGCCUUUUCCCCACUCCAAGGGUAGGGGGUGUGCAUAGGCAGAAGUUAACCUAUGCUUAAACCUUGAUUUAGUAACAGUUCAUACUUACACUUUUGUGUUAUUUUACUUCUUUACAUUCGCAUUUUCAACGCGCGUAAGGAUUUUUUCAGGCAGUUUUAUUUAAAUAUAAAAGCAGUAACCUCUCAAGAUGGUUGAUGCAAUAACACCUGGAGCAAAGCCCUUUGCAGUUCAGCUGAAGGCCCUGAUGGACCUGGAAGGCCGAUACCAACCAACGCUGAGUGGUCUGAGGCUCAUCGAGAGUGCCCAGGACAACAACCUCAGGAUGACCACCAGGUUGAGAGAACUAGAAGUUAAGGACCUGCUCUCCCUCACCAGGUUUUUUGGUUUCAGCUCAGAGACCUUCUUACUGGCCACCAGCUUGCUAGAUCGGUUCCUCUCUGUGAUGAAGAUUCAACCCAAGCACCUGUCCUGUGUUGGACUGUGCUGCUUUUACAUUGCUGUGAAGUCUUCAGAGGAGAAGAACGUGCCGCUGGCCAGUGAUCUGAUCCGCAUUAGUCAGAAUCGCUUUACGGUGUCCGACAUGAUCAGAAUGGAGAAGAACAUCAUGGAGAAGCUCUACUGGAAGGUGAAAGCCCCCACAUCCCUGCACUUUGUCCGCCUGCUUCACAGUCACAUCCAGGAGCAGCUCGACACUCAGAGCAGGAAGAUCCUGAGCAUUGAAAGGUUGGAGGCCCAGCUAAAAGCGUGCCACUGCUCAUUUGUCUUCUCUAAAAUUAAACCGUCUCUCUUUGCCAUUGCUCUGCUGUGCUUUGAGGCACAGAAACAGCAUGACCCGGAGCACGCAAACAAAGUAUUCGAGGCUCUGAAAAACUUGCAGCAGCAGCUGAAUGUGAAAGACGGUGACCUGGUGUGUGUCUGAGAGCUGGUCAGAAAGGGUCUAGCUGAAUACGCCACCACCAAGUGCUCCAGAACCAUCGGCCAGAGACUCCGCUGGACAAUCUCAGGAAGAACUGCUCGUCAGCUGAAGCACAGCUACUACAAGAUCGCUCAUCUACCCACCAUCCCCGAGUCGGCUAGUUAAACCGGGGGCAGAGGGACGGGUGACGUCACAGUUGUCCUCACUGUAACGGUCACCCAGUAACCCUUUAUUUUCCUUACAGACUUUCAUCAACGAUGAUGCAUUUCUUUAGGGAAAAGCUUUUUUUACCUAUAAGGUUGAUUAAACA